AUGCCAUCAACACACCCCAAACAGCCAAAGUAUCGACAUCGUCACUCGGUGCCAUGGCCUAUCUGGUUCGCUAGUAAGAGGGUGGUUAGCACUCUGCUGAUUGGCGGAUUGGUCUUUGGGGUCGGGACUCACAUAUACACGCCCAGUACAGAAACUGUUUUAGAUUAUUUUCGUCCCACCGACCAGGAUAGUUAUUGGGAUUCUCACCGCGAGGAAGUAAAAAAAGCAUUUACCACCAGUUGGAAUGCUUAUGCUAAAUAUUCCUGGGGAGCCGAUGUUUUCCACCCCGUUUCCAAAACUGGCGGACAGAUGAGCCCCAGCGGCCUGGGAUGGAUUAUUGUCGACAGUUUGGACACUUUAAUGAUCAUGAAUUUGACGACGCAGCUCUCCGAUGCCCGGAAAUGGUUGAAUCGCGAUUUGAGCUAUGAUCAGAACCAAGAUGUGAAUACCUUCGAGACAACCAUUCGUAUGCUCGGCGGGCUACUCUCAGCACACUACCUAUCGACCCUACUUCCAGACGUAUCCUCCCGCCGGGACUACAUCUAUAAGGCCAAAGCAGUCGACUUGGCCGAUCGGCUUUUAAGCGCCUAUGAUACCAGAACGGGAAUUCCUUAUGCCAGUGUCAACAUUGGGACCCGACAAGGUCUGCCAUCUCACACGGAUGGUGGGGCUUCGUCGACAGCCGAAGCGGGCACUCUGCAGCUGGAGAUGAAGUACCUCGCGCAAUUGACGGGACGGGAGGUGUAUUGGCGCAAAGCCGAGCACAUUAUGAAAGUGCUUGAUGACCACCGCAUGCAAGAUGGCCUGCUGCCUAUCUUCGUCAAUCCCCAGACGGGCAGCUUCCCCUACCAAGAGAUCCGCCUCGGCAGUCGCGGUGACUCCUACUAUGAAUAUCUGGUGAAACAGUAUCUCCAAACCUACGGCGAGGAGACUAUCUAUAGCGACAUGUGGGAAGAGGCUCUCGCGGGCAUUCAGAAACAGCUUGUCAUCACUACCAAACACUCCCACCUACGGAUUAUUGCCGAGCUACCUAGCGGAAUUGGUGGCAAGCUAUCACCAAAAAUGGACCAUCUUGUUUGUUUCUUGCCCGGCUCGAUCGCAAUUGGUGCAACGGAAGGACGAACUGAAGCCGAGGCCCGAAAGCUACCGUCCUGGACUCCACAGAGGGAGAAACAGAUGGAACUGGCAAGGGAGCUGAUGAAAUCUUGUUGGGCAAUGUACGCUGUCACUGAAUCCGGUCUCGCGCCCGAGAUCUCAUGGUUCGAGGCCGAUCCCGACGAGCUCAAGCCAAGUUCCAGGUCAUCACAUCAAUCUUGGCCGCGAAGCAGCAACGAGAAGGAGUCUUGGAAAGAAGACUUUAUUAUCAAACCUGCCGAUGCUCAUAACUUACAACGUCCGGAGACCGUGGAGAGUCUCUUUUUAAUGUUUAGAGUCACGAAUGACCCUAUCUACCGAAAAUGGGGCUGGGAGAUCUUCAAGGCAUUCCAGAAGCAUACCUUGGUUCCCGAUGGAGAGGGAUAUACGUCUUUGCAUGAUGUGACUGAAUCUACGCCGCGCCAACGUGAUAAUAUGGAGAGCUUUUGGCUGGCCGAAACUUUGAAGUAUUUAUAUCUGCUGUUUUCUCCCAGGGAGUUCCUCCCUCUCACUGAAGUGGUUUUCAACACCGAGGCACAUGUACUGCCCCGCUUUAAACCCAAAUUCCAGACCGGCUGGACCCGCAAAAAGCGUUCAUAA